AUGGCGUCGAGGAUCGGGAAGCAGCGAAAGCAGAAGAAGUACUCCGAGGGCGGCGUCGUCUUCACCCCCGCGUUCAUCGCGAGGAUCCCGUCGGCGGCGGCGGCGAAGGGCACCGACGAUGCAUCAUCGGACGACUUUCACGCGGCGCUGGCGGCGUUCUGGGCGCGACUGCGCGGGUUCACCGCGCUCGGUUCCGCGGAGGCUGAGCUCCACGGCGUGCACGAUCUGGUCGGCGCGCUCGCGGCGCUCGCGCCCCCACGCGACCGAGCGCCGAGCGCCGACGACGGCGCCCGUGUUCCAAUCAUCGCGGACGACGACGACGCCCCGCCCGCGCCCGCGACGGGCGAGCGCGAACUCGCGUUCGUCGCCGCCGCGCGGGCGUUCUUCGGGGUGAUGUUCCUCCCGAACAGUCGCCAGCUCCACCGCGCGCUGAUCACCUCGCGGAAGAAGCUGGGUACACGGGGCGCGCAGCUCGCGGAGAGCGCCCUCCUCGCCGAGACGUCGGCGGCCAUCGACGAUGCACUCGCCGAGUUGAUGGGCGAACGCAAUGCACUCGCGCGACCGACCGCGACGGUGAUGCGUCCGGCGACGGCGCUGGCGAGCGUCAACAUGGUACAGCCGCAGGGGUGGGCUGAGCGGAGGGUGCUGCGCGGCGUGGCGGUGCGCGCGGCGUCGCUCAUAGCCGCGGGCAUCGACGGGAUGAUCGACGAGACGCUUCGAGGCCGAAGAGUUCCCCCGACGGAGAUGGAAAUCGCUCACGACGCCGUCGCCGUCGCGUACUCCUUAGUCCAGCGGCACCUUUCGUCGAUCGUUAACGUGAACGUCCCGGGUUCGAGUCCCGCGGGGGGCGUGAACGCGAUCGCGGCGCUCGCGCGGGCGCUCGCGCGAAUCCUCGGGCCGGACGGGUCACAGCUGUCGAGGGAGGCGGCGGUGAGCGCGGGCGUCACGUUUUCGGCACUCUUGGGCAUCGGCGCGACGCCCGCUACGCACGCCUGCGCCCUCGCCGACGCGUUCUUCCCGAGACGCGAGGGGAACGAAGAAACCUUAACCCCGGGGGUGUGGCGCGUCACGAACGGCGUGGGCGCGCCGCCGAUCGACUCCCUCCGCGUCCUGGCCGCCGCGACCGCGGACGACGUCCUCGCGGGUUUCGAAUCGACAAAAAAAACGGCUUUCAAAUCGACGGCGGCGCCUUUCAAAGACUUUCCCUCGCUCGCGUCAUCUUUCAGCGCGUUCGGGACGCUGUCGGCGGUGCGCGGCGCGCUCACCGCCGCAGGCCCCGAGGCCCUAUCCCUCGCGCUCGUGCGCCCGGGUGGAAACGGGAACACAGCUGUAAACGGGGACGCAGCCGAACACAGCUGGCGCUUCCUCGUCGACGGAGCGAUUCCAAAAAUUUGCGCGUGGAUGGAACACCCGGUGGACCAGCACUUUAAGUUUCACGCGUCCGCGGCGCUCAAGUCGGCGCUCGCCAGGGCCAAAACGUGCGUCGUCGCGGGUGGUGACGAGUCGUUCGCGAUGCCGCCAGCGCUCGUCGACCGAGUCUUGACCGCGCUGUGGGCCAACUGGGAGGACCCGCUGACGCAGACGGUGAAGGAGGUGCAGGGCGCGUUUGAAGCGCUGACGGAUCUCUUUUCAAAAUCGAACGGUUUCCUCGAGCGCGUGGCUUCGCGGCUUCUCGAACGGGGCGUCUCGACGAAGGGCCGGUACGUGCCCCUCGCCGCGCUCGUUCCGAAGCUCGGCGCCCGUAAGCUUCUGGAUAUCCGACCGAACCUUCUGGAAGAGUCUCUGGAUGCGAUGCGCGACGACAGCGUGUGCUGCGCAGCCGGGACGCUGAUCAAAGAGCUCAGCGCGAAGUUACUUGACGAGAUGGAGGAGGAGGAGCGCAAUUCGGCGGCGGCGGCGGUGGGAAUCGAGCCCGGGACCCCGGAACGACCGUCUGGCGAGCGUUGGGUCAUCGGUAACGGAAGCGGUAAGAGGGGCGGAGUCGACAAGGGGAGAGGCCGAGGCCGGGACGAGGUUUGCAUUCGCGAGGAAUGCGGCGCCGCGGUGGCUGCGUGGCGACGGUGGUGGAUACCGCCCACGCUCGCGGCGCUGCUGAAGCCCGGACGGGAACGCGCGGGGUGCGCGCAGUACGCGCUCCCGCACCUGAUGCGUCAGGACGCGGCGUCGAUUGUGUUUUUGCUGGAGGGCCUGAAGAAGAAAAAGAAGCAGAAGAAGAAGAAGAAGAAACGGGCGGACGACGCCUCGGAGAAGGAUGGGAACGAGGGAGACGAGGAGGAGGCGCGGCGCGAGGAGGCCCUCCGCGCCGCCGGCGUCGGCGUGACCACCCUCAAACUCCCCAUCGAGGGUGACGAAAUCGACGACGAAGACUCGAGAGGAGACGACACAGACGACGAUGACGACGAAGACGAAGACGGUUUGGACGACGAGCGAAGGUCCGCGGCGCUCGUCGCGCUGUUGAAGCGCGCUCGAGCCGCCUCGUUGCUCGACGCCGACACCGGGGUGGCGUUCGUGUGCGAGUCCGUCUCCCGCGCAGCCGCCGCGGGCGUCUCGAGCCAACUCUUCUCCGACGAAAAGAAUCCGCCGUCCAAAAAAGAUCCAUCCGAGUUGGACGAAGAGUCGGACGUGUCCCGCGCGUUCAUCGACGGCAAGUACCCCGUCGACGAGGCUGCGCUCGCGAGGGCGACGGUGUGCAGGGAUCGCGGCGUGCGCAAGGAGGCGCUCGAGCUGCUGUGCGUCGACGGCAAGCGAUCGAGCGCGCCAUCCGCGACGGAGCUGAGGCUGUUGCGGCGAGCGCUCCCAACAGCGAUGCGCGGUGAGAGCGCGGCGUUUCGCAACGCGCUCGGGACGAUGAUCCGAUCGUUGCUUGGGAGGAUCAAGACGUGCCAAACGAGAACGGCGGCCGCGCUGAGGACUGCGGCGCGCCUCGAGCCAAAGGCGGAGACGUCGGAGAAGAGGGCGGAUUUGGAAUUUGAUUUGGAGAAGAGAUCGAACGCCGCCGAGCUCUGCGCCGAGUUUACGGAGUGGCUCGUGCGCCUCGCGCUCGCGUCCGCGUACCCCGGGGCGCCGUACGAGCGCAAGUACAUGGCGCUGGACGUGCUCAACGCCGUGGCGGAGACGUGGGGUGUCGGACGAGUGUCAGACGACGACGGGCGUUUCCAGAAACGGUCGACCGACUUUGACUUUGACUCGCGAGCCGAGAGGUUGGAGAGGUCGCCCUACCGCGUUUGCCUCGGCGCUGACGUCACCACCGCGCUGCUCGGCGCGCUCGUGGACUCGUGGGACAAGCUGCGCGUCGCCGCGUUCACGCUCCUCGCGCGGCAUCCGUCGCCGCUCGCGGGCGUGACGUCGGCGGAGGAGUUUGGGGCUCGGGCUCGUUGGGCGCUGCGUCUGUUGCGAUCGCCGAGGGUUCGGGAGAGCGACGCCGCGGCGCUUCUGAUGCGGCUUUUACUCCGUAAAUACGCCGUUGACCUGGGUUGGGACGUGACGUUAUCGCCGGAGCCAAAGGCGACGGCAACGAACGCGACGAAUCGGACGAAAGGGGAAACCGCGGCGCGACUUCUCGGAACCAUGUGCGACCUGAUCGAGGUCGAGUGCGUUAAGGCUGAGGAGGACCUCGUGAGCGCGUGCAAACAGUCCUUGGCGCACGGCGCGCUCCUCGCGACGCGUUACGUCCUCGCGGAGAUUGACUUCAACGCGGGCCGCGAGGAGGGGCACAAGGAACUCAAGGCGGCGCUCGCGAGGCUCCUCUCGCUCUUGAACCGCGUCACCGGCGUCGCGCUGUCGUCCAUCGCGUCGCCCGACGGCGCGCUCCUGGGAACCGCCGCGGGGGAGCUCGAGCCGGACAGGCUGGGCGGCGGAUCCGGGCAGGGCGCCGCCGCCGCCGCCGCCGCCGCCGCCGCCGCCGUCGGCUCAGCGUCCGCCUUUGACGACGACGCGGACGCGAUCGACGACGAUGAUGACGUGGACGUGGACGACGCCGCGGGCGAAACCUGCGGCGGGGAGAACCUGGCGCCCAAGGCUCAGAUGAUAACGACGGCGUGUUGGCUCACGAUGAAGGAGGUUUCGCUGACGAUUGGCGAGCUGGCCCGCGGGGUCCCGGUCGACGACGAGACUUUGCUGGAUCCCGCCGCGCUCAAGGCGUGCGGCGAGCACCUGCUGCACGUGCUGCUCAGCAUGAAGCACAACGGCGCGAUCGAGAAGACUCGCGUCGGUUUGGUUUGCCUCGGCGAGCGGCUCUUGCGCUCGUCAAAUCCGGAGCUCUCCGCGCUGCCAUCCGAUUGGCUCGCGUCGCUUUUCAACAGACUGACCUCGCCGGAGCAGGGCAUCAGCGAUCUGAUCCGCAGGUCCGCGGGGUUGCCGUUCGGGUUCACCGCGGUGUUCCUCGCGGAGCCCGCGGGUGUGCCGAGGAAGCUGCUUCACGGAGCCAUGGCCAGACUGCUCGACAUCGCGGUGCGCGUUGAACCCCGGCGUUUUUUGGCGUUUUUUGGCGUUUUUUGUUUUCCAGACGGCGGCGGCGGCGGCGGCGAGUUCGCGGCGAUGAAUGCCAUUAACUCUCUUACCGACUCCCUCCCGAAUGAACUUUCGGGCAACUUGGGGAAUAUUUGUUCGCUUUAUACAAAACCUGAGCCGCGAACGGACGCGCCGGGUCGCCGCCCGAGCCCCCGCCAGACGUUUUUUUUUUCGCAUCUUUGCCCUUUUAGCCUUUCGCGGCGUCGCGGCGGCAAAGACGAAACCCAGGCUCCCUCUACUGACCAAGCCGUGAGGACGAUCGCUGACGACGGCGAGCACGUCCGCGCGGGCGGUGGCGCCAAGGGCACCUCGGAGGGCGUCCACGUCCCCCAGGUCCACGCCUUCAACGUGCUGCGCCAGGCGUUUAGCCUCACCGAGCUCGCCACCGAGACGACGGCGUUCGUCGCCGCGGGGAUCACGGUUUGCGUGCGGGGUUUUAAAUCCCCGCACUGGGAGGUUCGGAACGGCGCCACCCUGGCGUACGCGUCGCUGGUCACGAAAACGUGCGGGUACGGCAACUCGGGUCAUUCGGCGCCGGUCGCGGGCGGGGCGAGCCGGCGGCGGGUCACCGGUGCCGAGUUUUUCCGGCGGUAUCCGAAGCUGCACCCGUUUCUUCUCGCCGAGUUGAGCGCGGCGGCGGAUUCGCUGGAGAAGCCCGGGUCCCCCGUGCACCCCUCGCUGUGGCCCAUCCUCGCGAUGUUGUCGCGGCUCAGGCCCAGCGAGCCGUUGGAACGCGCAAUCGCGGACACAAACGUCGGAAACCCUUCCCGUUCGGGAAUCGACGGCGAGACGGAAAAUUCCAUCGAAAAGUCGCGGAUGUCGUCGGCGCUGUCGCCCGCGGCGUUCGCCCCCGUCGUGAGGCGAUGCGCCAUCGGACGCCCCGCGGCGAUCCGCGCGGCGGCGGCGAGGGCGCUCGCGCCCCUCGUCGACCCGUGCGACGUCGCCUCCGUGACGCGCGCGUCGCUUAGGAACCUCCGCGAGGAUCGCCAAAAAACGCCAAAAAACGCCAAAAGUCCGUGUCCGGGUGUGGGUCACAACGCCGCGCACGGCAUCCUACUCUGCGUCAAGGCGCUCUUCGCCCCCGAGGGACCCGCGUCCGCGCUCCUUCGGAAGGGCGUUACGGGCGUUACGAACCCCGCGGCGUCCCCCGCGGCGUCUUACGAAGCGCUCAUCGACGCGCUCGCGGUCCUGGCGGUCGGUUUGGAGGAGUGCGCGUACCUGGCGCUGGAGUCGCCAUCCGCCGCGUGCGCCGCCGAGUGGCUCGGGUGUGCGGAACGCUGCCUGGCGCUCGCGGAGGAGGCGUUGGGGGUUGCGGAUUCCAGAGCGUUUCUGGAAAAGCUCCGCGUGCUGACGUGGCAGGGGACCGAGCUCGUCGAGGGCGACGAGAGGUUCGCGGCGCACGUCGACGCGAGAAGACGGUCGAGAGAGAACCCAUCCGGUAAAAAGAUUCAUCCGUCCGACAGAGAUGAACAAAGAGAGCCCAAGACCCGCGCCGCGGGGGAACGAUCCAACGCCCCGCACGACGUGCUCUGGGCCAAGACCGCGGCGAGGCUCCGAGUCAAGCUCGCGCUCACCGGCGGCGUCGGGCCCCUCGCGCUCGACAGCUACAUCUCCAUCGGGUUGACGACGACGACGCUCACGACGGAUGGGGGCGCGCUCUCCCCGUCUGUUCGGUACGAGGCUCGAGGCUCGGCGCUCAAGGCGCUGAGGGACGCGGGAGUGGACGUCGUUGACGAGCGGCUGGACCUCAGUGCGCUGCUGACGCACGUCUCAAACGUCGUGCUCCCGGCGGAACGGAGGCACAGCUGUAAGCGAAGGGCGCUGCGACUCGUCGGCGACUGGACCGAGCGUACCGUGGACGAAUCGGGAGAUGACAGAUCAGCGGUCGACGACAGGUCAGCAGGAGACGACGAAUCAGAAGACGCCGAGUGGGCGACGGUUGAGAGGCUGGCGAGCGCCGACCCCAACGAACGGACUCGGUGCGCGGCGGUGGCGUGCCUCGGCCGGCUCGCCGCCGUCCGCGUGAACUCGUGGGAGCGGUCCGUUAUAACGGCCGCUAAUAAGACGAAAAACCCCGGGAGGGACGCGGCGGCGAACGCGGCGAACGCGGCGGUCAGGCGGGCGUCGACGCUGGUGGGGUUGAUCGCCGCCGGGUCAUCUCCGGAGCGUCCGGAGGAUGUCCGCCGCGCGUCGGCUGAGGCGCUCGCCGCGAGCGCGUUGCUCUCCCGCCUGCCCCCCGCGCCCGGCGGCCAACGCCGGACAAAGCACCCGGAGACGAACGACGUCGUGUACCACGACGACCCGUGCGCGGGGCCCACGCUGGGUGAACCGGUGCUGCGCGCGUGGAUCGUCGCGUUCGAGUUGCUCGAGGACGAGGACGAAGACGUCCGAGCCAUCGUGGGGACGGCGGUGACGUCGCGACAAAAUCGAAGCCUGGGCGUUCCGCGCGACGCGUCCACGGAGGAGUGCCUGCGCCUCGCCUUCGCGGCGGUGGCGACGCGACUGGCGCGGUGGCCGCCGUACGAGCGGUACCUCCUCGCGACGUGCGUCGGUCCCCCCGUCGAUGCGGACCAGCUGCGUAAAUCGAUCGAAGACGUGGGCGUCGUCCGAAGGCUCUUCGACAGAGAGGCGGAUAACCAUCACGCGGAGUCGCUGCUGCUGGCGCAGCUCGCGGCGCGCGCCAUCACGCGCACGGACGCCGUGAGGGUGCGCGUGUUGGAGACGGAGUUGGCGUGCGCGUUGGACGGCGUGGAGGCGGCGACGGCGGCGCUCGCGGGAGUUAGUAUCGGUGAGUCACCGCCCGGCGACUCAUCAAGUACGCGGGCCGGUGACUCAUCAACUCCUAUCCGGUGGGAGGGGGGCGCGACGAACCACGAGGUGGCGUUCGGGCCCUUCUGCCGCGCCGCCCUGGGGGCGUGGGCGCUCACCACCGCGCUGACCGCGUCGGGAUGUCACGAGUCCUUCGAGGGUGUGGACAAGAAGAAGGUUUCCGAUCGCGCCAGGGAGUUGGACAAGACGCUGAGAAAGAUAGGGCUGGCGCCGAUGGCGGCGGCGACGUGGGCCAACGCGAGGCGCGCGCUGAUCGGGGCCAAGGACUGGCGGGAUUUGGAGAACGAGGAAGGGUCGAACGCGGAGAAGGGUGGUGGGGCAUACGCGCGCGUUGGACCGUGCUUCCUGCUGGAGUGA